GUUGAUGUACGAGGUCGGCCAGAUUGUCAAUAUUGAAGCGUCGCCAGCUCUAAACUCAACUAGCACUUUUGUGUUUUAGGUGUUUAACAAAAGGGUAUAUUGAAACACGGAAUGGCUGAAGAGGAGGAUGAUUACAUGUCUGAUGCUUUUCUCAGUCAAAUAUCUGACGUCAGGCCAGGUAUGCCAAUGGUGAAACGGAUGAAAGACGCAAUGAAAAAAGAGGUCAUGAUAAAAGAGAAGAAUCAACAGAACCGUCAGAAAACCUAUAAAGAGCAAGAGCGGGAGAGUCGUGAUGCAGUUUUACAGACUUCUAUCAGCAAUGAAAAUAAAGGUUUCGCAAUGCUGCAAAAAAUGGGAUACAAAGCAGGCCAAGGACUUGGCAAAAAAGGAGCUGGGAGAGUUGAACCAAUUCCUCUGAACAUUAAAACAGACAGAGGAGGUGUUGGAAUGGAAGAAGUAAAGAAAAGGAAGGCUGAAGAGGAACUCCAACAUUACCGACAGAAGGUUCGAGUAAAACAAGAAGUGGAGAAACAGUCACUGGAGGACUUCAGGGUAAGGAAGAGAACAGAGAGAGAAGAGCGUCAGACGGAAGGGGACCUGAGGCGGAGCCAGCGGGCCUGUGAACAACUCGAUAGCCAGAAGGGAAUCACUGCUCCCCGGGAAUGUUGGUAUUGGCCAGAAAAAGAGAAGGAGGAGGACGAGGACGUAGAUGAAGAUGAAGAGGAAUGCAAGAAAGAGAAAGAUGAGGAGGAGGAGGAAGAUGAGGAAGAGUUAACAUCAUUAGAUAAGCUACAUUUUCUCACAUCUUACCUGAGGGGUGUGCACUUUUACUGCAUAUGGUGUGGAACAACAUACAAUGAUGAGGAAGAUCUGGAUUCAAACUGUCCUGGAGACACAUCAGCAGACCAUGAUGAUUGACAUUGUUGAGGAUUUUAUACAUUUUCUACUCACAAUAGAGUUUCACAAUAAAAUGUAAUGAUCACAUUACAUGUAAAUACACGUUUUAGCGUAAUUGGACUUGGAUAAUGUGCACCCUACAGGAAAUAUGUUUUUUUAUUUGUCAUUGUUUUGCUGUGUUUUGUUGACGUAAUUAAAAUAUUGCUUAAGCCUA